AUGGCGUCCCAAGAGAACUAUAGAGGUCAGUUUAGAUUUGACAAAAGAUUGAUGGGAAAGAAGAAAGUAAAAGAAGCAGUGGUUGCAGCUUGGAACAAGAGAAGUGGUAUGGUUGAAUUUUCUGUGUCUGAAAGAUUAAGAGCUUGUCGUAAAUCUCUAAGUCGGUGGAAAAAAGAGAAUGAUUUGAAUUCCAGGGAUAAGAUUUCUCAGAUUGAAGUGGCUUUAGAAAAGGAACAAUCUGUCCAUUAUCCGAACGGCUAUGUAGUCAUGGGUUUGAAAAGAGAUUUGGUGAAAGCUUAUAGGGAAGAAGAAGUUUUUUGGAGGCAGAAAAGCAGAGAAUCCUGGUUGCGAGAUGGUGAUCGUAACACGAAAUUCUUUCAUGCUUCAGUGAAAGCUAACCGGAGGAAAAAAAGAAUUGAGAAGCUGUUGGAUGUGAAUGGCAAUUUUCAAAGGUCUGAGGCGACAAAGGGAGAGGUAGCUUCGGCUUAUUUCCAAAACCUUUUUAAAUCAUCUAACCCCUCUUCCUUUGAUUCUUGGUUUGAAGGGAUCAUUCCAAAAGUGACUGAAAGGAUGAAUCAGUCCCUUAUCAGGCAGAUUACUGAUGAAGAAAUAAAAGAAGCUGUUUUCUCAAUUAAGCCAGGAAGUGCUCCUGGUCCGGAUGGUAUGUCUGGUUUUUUCUUUCAGUUUUACUGGGAGGUGGUUGGUUCUCAGGUUACUAAGGAAGUGAAGAAUUUCUUUCUCAAUGGAGACUUUCCGAUUGAGUGGAAUUAUACGCAUCUUUGUCUUAUUCCAAAGACUAUUCAUCCAGUGGAGAUGUCAAACUUGCGCCCUAUAAGUCUUUGUUCGGUGACUUAUAAGAUAAUCUCGAAGAUUUUGGUGCGCCGUUUACAAGGUUUCCUUCCCCAGAUUGUAUCAGAAACUCAAUCAGCCUUUGUUUCGGAGCGUCUGAUUUCCGACAACAUUCUGGUGGCCCAUGAACUUGUGCAUAGCCUCAACGUUCAUCCAGAUAUUUCAUCAGAGUUCAUGGCAGUUAAGUCUGAUAUGUCUAAGGCAUAUGAUAGAGUUGAGUGGAGCUAUCUCAGAUCUCUUCUUUUGGCCUUGGGGUUUCAUAUCAAGUGGGUAAAUUGGAUCAUGCGGUGUGUAUCGUCUGUUACUUAUUCAGUUGUUAUAAAUGAUCAGCCUUAUGGUAUGAUUACACCGCAAAGAGGAACUAUUGAAGGCAUUAGGUUUUCAGACUCAGGACCUGAAAUUCAUCAUCUUCUUUUUGCUGAUGAUAGCCUCUUUCUGUGUAAAGCUUUCUCUGGGCAGUGUAGAAAACUGGGGAGUAUUCUCUCAUCUUAUGGAGCAGCGACUGGCCAAACAAUUAAUGUGGAAAAAUCUUCUAUUUCUUUUGGAAGCAAAGUCAAUGCUCAAGUUAAAAAGGAAGCUCAAGAGAUCUUGGGUAUAUCAAAUGAAGGUGGAGCUGGUAAGUAUCUUGGACUUCCUGAAUGCUUUAGUGGGUCUAAAGUGGAGAUGCUUAACUAUAUUAAAGAUAGGUUGAAAGGAAAGCUAUCGGGUUGGUAUGCUAGAACAUUAUCUCAGGGAGGUAAAGAAGUGAUGCUUAAAUCCGUUGCUAUGGCGAUGCCUAUUUUCGCCAUGUCUUGCUUCAAGUUACCAAUCACUACUUGUUCUGCUCUUUCUAGCGCGAUGGCUGAUUUUUGGUGGAGCUCUUGUGAGCAUUCGAGGAAGAUUCAUUGGCAGAGUUGGGAAAAACUAUGUCUUCCUAAAUGUUUGGGAGGCAUGGGUUUCAGAGAUAUUGGCCUUUUCAAUCAGGCUUUACUUGCUAAGCAGGCAUGGAGGAUUUUACAAGUCCCGAAUUCCUUAAUAGCAAGGAUGUUGAAGAGUAGAUAUUUCCCUGUUAGUGAUUUUCUGAAUGUUGGCCUUGGAAAUAGACCCUCGUAUGGGUGGAGAAGUAUUUCCUUUGGAAAAGAUCUUCUGUCUGAAGGCUUGGUUAAAAAAGUUGGAAAUGGAGCUUCCACUAAUGUUUGGAGCGAACUGUGGAUAGAGGAUAUUGUUAUGCGUUGCCCUCUUAUGAAGAACGAUAGGAUCAAUAUUGAUUUAAAGGUGGAAGAGCUUAUUGAUUUUAGCUCAAGAGGAUGGGACAGGGGUAAAUUGGAUGAUCUUUUUUAUCCAGAUGAUGUUCAAAGAAUCUUGAAGCACAAGCCAGUGGUUUCUAAGGAUGAUUUUUUAGUUUGGAAACUGAACAAGAGUGGACAGUUUUCAGUAAAAUCAGCCUAUUGGUUAGCGUUUCAAAUCAAUAAGGGGACCUUUUACAAGGAGCAGAAGCUCUUCCCUCUCUUAAUAUCCUAA